AUGUGUCCACGAAACCGCGAGGAGGCAGUGGCCCGUGGGCGGACCUGCCUUCGCAAGUGCAACUCAGACAGCGACUGUAUCUCUUCGCGUAAAAAGUGUCUCUGCGAUGGACUGUGCGGCUGGAGCUGUGUCAGACCAGACCUGAGCUGUGAUGAGCUGGGCGAGUUUAGCAACGGUCGAAAAUCUACCCCUAAUGGGAACUUCUUCAACUCGAAGGUGACUUACGAGUGUGACGCCGGGUACUUUAUGUCAGGCGUCAGGGAGAGAGUUUGCCAGGGCGACAGCUCCUGGAGUGGACAAUCACCCAAUUGCAAAGUCAGACCCCUCUGCGGUCCGGCACCGACCAUACCUCACUCAAAGCACUCACUUUCCGAGUCGACGGAAACGGAGUUUGAGCUGAACACCACACUGACCUAUGAGUGCUUCAAUGGCUACAAGAUCACCGGCUCCACCGAGGCAACCUGUCAGCAGAAGAACAACACCACCAUUUGGAUUGGACCCAGUCUCAAGUGCAUGCCCAUAUCAUGCGGCGACCCGGNAAUUACCGGCUCCACUGAGGCGACCUGUCAGCAGAAGAACAACACCACCAUUUGGAUUGGACCUAGUCUCAAGUGCAUGCCCAUAUCAUGCGGCGACCCGGGCGACAUUGAGAACGGCUAUCGAGAGUCCACCGGCCACGUCUUCACCUCCAAGGUGAGCUACUUCUGCAAUGAGGGCUACAUACUGGUGGGCCGGGCGAUCAGGUACUGCCAGUCGAGUGGCCUCUGGAGCAGUGACAUGCCCACGUGUCAACCUGUGAAGUGUGACCAACCGGAGGAUCCAAAGAACGGCCGUGCAUUCUACUCCGCUUACACUUUUGGUUCAGUGGUCAGCUACCAGUGCAAGAGUGGCUACCGACUGCACGGGCCCAGCAAUCGAACCUGUCAGGCGGAUCGAAUGUGGUCGGAUGACACGCCGCAGUGCAACAGUGCGUACUGA